GUCUUUAAUUCAGAAUACUUCAUGCAAUUCGUCUCCCGAUUCAGUGAUCUGCUUAAGGGUUUUGUUGAUUUCGUGUAGAAAUUGAAUCUUUUUGUCCCUUUUGCUCGAAUUGCUGGUCAGGAAAAAUGGUCUGACAAAAUCCUGGAAACUAGCAUAAAUGGAGUCUUCCAAAGAGACUGGUUGCCAAGCUCCAGAAGGCCCGAUUCUCUGCAUUAACAACUGUGGCUUCUUUGGCAGUGCUGCCACCAUGAAUAUGUGCUCCAAGUGUCAUAAGGACAUGAUACUGAAGCAGCAACAGGCCAAGCUUGCAGCAUCCUCCAUCGAGAACAUUGUCAACGGCAGCUCAAAUAGCAAUGAGAAGGAGCCCCUUUUGGCUAAUCCUGUGGAUGUGGAAGCAGGACCACUUGAGUUGAAGGCUGCUUCACCUCAGCCAUCUCCCGACUUGGCAUCGUUGCCAAAUUCAGAAAUGAAGGUGAAGGAGGGCCCAAAUAGGUGCACCACUUGUCACAAGCGUGUGGGUUUAACAGGAUUCAGUUGUAGGUGUGGGAACCUCUUCUGUUCAACUCAUCGUUACUCAGACAAACACGACUGUCCGUUUGAUUACCAGGCUGCUGGUAGAGAUGCUAUCUCAAAAGCAAAUCCUCUUGUUAAAGCUGAAAAGCUUGACAAGAUCUAGAAGUACGGUCUAAAAGUUGUGAAGCAAAGUGCGAUGCUCGCUUUUAUAUACACCUAUGCAUCUUCUCGUGUAUGUUGGCCAGUCAUUCUUGAUAGGUCUCUCUGGUACUGAUGUUGGGUGGACUUAGACAAGAGAAUGGGGGGGUUUAUCACUGUGGUUUAUUGCACUCUAUGGACCCUGGAGUCCUUGUCGAUCCGGCUAGGGUUACUUUGGUUUGCUCCGGUGUGUAAGUUGUUAUUCGUUGGCUUGAAUGACAUUGUUGUGGAAUUUGUAAACUAGCCCGUCUUCGGAUAUGCAUCUUCGUUUCUCCUCGUUCAUCUCUCCUGUUACAGUAUGGUCACGAUAAAUAAAAAUAUCAAACAUAAUAAUGCGAAGGAUUCGAUAUUUGUUCUAUUCA